CAGUAGCAGGCAGCGAGCACAGACGGGAGCAGAUGCCGGGAGACUAACAGGCUGGCUUCCGGCAGAGAUGCUUAUUGGAUUUGAAAGCCGUGGGGGGAGAGGUGGUCAGGAAACGGAACAUUCUAGUGGGCUCCGCGUGUCACUCCACGCAUCCUACAGAGGAAACCGACUUCAGUUCUGUUAAGUCGGAAGGGGGAAGUGCAUCUUGACCAUGAGGCGAGCUGGCCGACCCCACUUAAGCCAAGUCACCAAGCCUGGGCCAGCACCGGAGACACCCAGGUCACGUGACUCCCGGUGCGGCGCGGCGGGUCAGCAGGAGUGUCCUUGCCAAUAACGGUUAACCCGCAUCUAAUCCGAAGGAAGCGCUUGCAGACGGAUCCAGACGGUCGGCCCUUCUGUGAGACAUGUUCCUGUCAGGAAAGACAAGGGCAGGGAUUGUUCUGGCUUAAAGGAGGCCAAAGAAACUUGACAGCCACAGCAGAACGUCUGAUCCCAUUUGGAGUCUGGAUUUAAAAAGAAAAGGCCGUGAAGGCCAUGAUGGGGACAAUUAAAGAAAUUUCCAUGCGGACCGCAGAUGAGAUGAUAGAAUGGCUUCGACGUUAAAUUUCUGUGGCCGUUGCCAUCACGUGGGCUGGUGCUGCUGUUCCUGAGAGACGCCCACAAGGGCAUUCAGGAACUUUCUAAGUCUUGUCCUCAACUCCUAAACUAAGUCCGAAGACCCAGCUGAGUUUGGAAUGCCUUUCAAGUCCUCAAAAACAUGAGUUACUUCUUGGGUUGCAUUAAAGAGCUGGUUGAUAAUGAAGAGGAAAUUCAGCAUAUCAGAAGAUGGGUGCGUGGAACUAGCUGGAAUUAGCAGAGAGGGGUGCCAGCCAAAGGCCCUUGAGCAAUCAGGAUGUGGACAGGAUGGGCUCUGGCAGGCCGCUCUGAGCACGCUCAACCCCAACCCCACCGACAGCUGUCCCCUCUACCUGAACUGCGCCACCGUGGCCGCCCUGCCCUCCCGGGUGAGCCGCCACAACAGCCCCUCGGCCGCGCACUUCAUCACCCGACUAGUGCGGACCUGCCUGCCGCCGGGGACCCAUCGGUGCAUCCUGAUGGUCUGCGAGCGGUCGGACGCCUUCGCCUCGGCCUGCGCCCUGGCCCGAGCGUUCCCGCUCUUCACCCACCGCUCGGGGGCUGCCCGGCGCCCAGAGAAGAAGACCGUCGUGGUGGAGUUCUUCCUGGUGGGACAGGACAACGGGCCGGUGGAGGUGUCCACCUUGCAAUGUUUGACAAGCGCCACGGAAGGCGUGAGGCUGGCAGCACGCAUCGUGGACACGCCCUGCAAUGAGAUGAAUACAGAUGCCUUCCUCGAGGAGAUUAAGAAAGUUGGAAAGGAUCUGGGAAUCGCCCCAACCAUCAUCCGGGACGAGGAGCUGAAGACCAGAGGAUUUGGAGGAAUCUAUGGUGUGGGCAAAGCUGCGGUCCACCCCCCGGCUCUGGCCGUCCUCAGCCACACCCCAGACGGAGCCACCCAGACCAUCGCGUGGGUGGGCAAAGGCAUCGUCUACGACACCGGGGGUCUCAGCAUGAAGGGGAAGACCACCAUGCCGGGGAUGAAGAGGGACUGCGGGGGCGCCGCAGCUGUCCUGGGGGCCUUCAGAGCCGCCGUCAGGCAGGGUUUCAAAGACAACCUGCACGCUGUGUUCUGCUUGGCCGAGAACUCGGUGGGGCCCAAGGCCACGAGGCCAGACGACAUCCACCUGCUGUACUCAGGAAAGACCGUGGAAAUCAACAACACGGAUGCCGAGGGCAGACUGGUGCUGGCGGAUGGCGUGUCCUAUGCCUGCAAGGACCUGGGUGCUGACAUCAUCCUGGACAUAGCCACGCUGACCGGGGCUCAGGGCAUCGCCACGGGCAAGUACCACGCGGCCGUGCUCACCAACAGCGCCGAGUGGGAGGCGGCCUGCGUGAAAGCCGGGCGGCAGUGCGGGGACCUGGUGCACCCGCUGGUCUUCUGCCCCGAGCUGCACUUCUGCGAGUUCACCUCGGCCGUGGCGGACAUGAAGAACUCGGUGGCGGACCGGGACAACAGCCCCAGCUCCUGCGCCGGCCUCUUCAUCGCCUCGCACCUCGGCUUCGACUGGCCCGGGGUCUGGGUCCACCUGGAUAUCGCCGCGCCCGUGCACGCCGGAGAACGCGCCACGGGCUUCGGCGUCGCCCUCCUGCUGGCGCUCUUCGGUGGGGCCUCCGAGGACCCUCUGCUGAACCUGGUGUCCCCGCUCGGCUGUGAGGUGGACCCCCAGGAGGGGGACGUGGAGAGGGACUCCAAGAGGCGCAGGCUGGUGUGACGCCCGCCGCCCCGCCCGGCCACACGGGGCCUUUACCUCACUUUGCACUGGUGCCUCGUGAGCAGUGGGAAGAUCAUACCUGAAGAUGCGCUUUGCCUUGUUUUGUUUUCGUUGCCGUGGUGAUGGAAGCGGCUCCUUCUUAUGUCUUAGACGACAGCUCAGGGUUUGCCGGGCCCCGGGGAGGGGAGCGGGCAGCGACGGGCUUGUUUCUGUUUGGUUCCCCGCCAGCUUCUGCUGACCGGGCUCCCUCCUGGGGCUGCACGCCCUCGGGGUCCCCAGGGUGCAUGGGGGCCCUGACUCUCUUGGCCAAGUGGCCUGUGGGCCCCCUGCCCCGCCUGGUGUCCACGUUGGGUGCCCAUUCUCCAGCCCUGUGUGUGGCGCCCACGUGACAGAGAGCCCAGGCCCGCGCUCGGCCGGGGCUGCCGCUGCCUCCAGGCAGCCCACCCCUUUGAGUGGAUGGGGGUGACUUGCUUCGGGGACCCGAUUUUUGGAGCAAGAGGAAUCUCCCCUGGGCCCUUAGAAUUCACUGGAGCUUGGAUUAAAUAUGGCUGAACCACACGCUAA